AUCAACCGUGCAAUGGCACAACUAAAAUUGAAUCGGCGAUCUUCCGUAGAAAAUGCUGCUAAAGAAGAAGGUGAACCAACAGCAGUAUCGGAACUUCGAAAAUGGCUUCAGGCGAUGAGUGAAAAACUUACCGUAACGGAAGGUAAAUUUACGAGGGUUACAGUUACCCGUAAAGAACUGGAUCGUUUGGCUGCCGACCAACAGGUUUCAUUUCGUUUUUCUUUUCCGGUGUUUUCUUUUUUUUUGUCCAUUUAA